GCCUGAAGCGACGCAAUGAGAAGCACGUUCAGAUCAAGUGCAGCUUCCUGGAGGUCUACAACGAGAAUAUUCGAGACCUGUUGGCAUCCUCGAGCUCCGAUUACCUCGAUCUGCGUGAGGACCCGGUGAAAGGGAUGAGUGUGGCCGGUAUCAGUGAGGUCGGUGGUCUCGAAUCAGCCCAGGAGAUAAUGGAACUCCUACAACGCGGCAAUAGGAACCGCACUACAGAGCCCACUUCAGCCAAUGAGACAUCCUCUCGAUCCCACGCUGUGCUCCAAGUGGUGGUUGAGCAACGGGAGAAGGGGUCUGGUCUCGUUGCUGAGGUCCUUGUCGGGAAGCUGUCGAUGAUAGACUUGGCGGGCAGCGAGCGGGCCAGUCAAACCAACAACAAGGGGCUGCGGAUGAUCGAGGGAGCGAACAUCAAUAGGUCCUUGCUGGCCUUGGGGAACUGCAUUACAGCAUUAGCAGAUCAAGCAGGGGGAAAGCAGAGCAGCUUCGUCCCAUAUAGAGACUCAAAGCUCACACGCUUAUUGAAGGACUCCUUGGGAGGAAAUUGUCGUACCGUAAUGAUCGCUAAUAUAUCACCGUGUCAUCUCAAUUAUGAGGACACUCACAAUACGCUCAAGUACGCCAAUAGAGCGAAGAAAAUAAAGACUAAGGUUACGAGGAAUGUGCUCAAUGUGAGCUUCCAUAUAUCCAAAUACACGCAGAUCAUAAAUGAACUCAGAGCUAUGGUCACAGAUCUCCGACAGAAGCUUGCAACGAAAGCACAUGCGGUCACACCAGAGGAACUGAUGUCCCCUACGAACGAUCCCGAACGGGAGGCCUCAGAGAGGUGA